AUGAGUUUUGUCACAAUUAUUAUGUCGAAUGAUUGGAAUUGCAUUCACUAUGCGGGCUGACUCAGGGGUGUGUAUAUAGUUCGAAAUAACAUGAAUAAAUGUAAAUUGUGAUAAUAGUGCAGUGGAUAACAACCGGUUAUGGGGCAUCAAAUGCUGGCGUUAGUGUUCGGCGCGAGCCUGUUGGCGGCGGCGCAGUGCGGCCCGCCCGGCAAACCCAACCUCGGCUGGGGCGAGCGCACGUUCGCCAUCGUCGAGGUGAACCAGGCGGCCACCGCGUACAACCAGCUCGUCACCAAGAAGGACGCCGCUGAUGUCUCCGUCAACUGGAACGUGUGGACCGGCGACCCGGCUGAUAAGUCCAGAGUCUUGCUCAACGGCGAAGAAGUCUGGAAAGGUGCUGGCAGCGCUUCAAUGGCCAACUUCAAAGUGAAGAAGGGCGGACGCUAUCAGAUGCAAGUUGAGUUGUGCAACUCCGAUGGAUGCAGCUCGAGCGAGUCGGUGGAGAUCGUUGUGGCUGACACCGACGGUAGCCACUUACCGCCUCUAGAAUUCACCAUCGGAGAGAAGAAUAAGCCAUUCAAGCAGACCUCUGGUAAAGUUGUCGGUGCGUACUUCGUAGAAUGGGGCGUGUACCCGCGAAAGUUCCCCGUAGACAAAGUUCCCGUUCCCAACCUGACCCACUUAUUGUACGGCUUCAUCCCGAUUUGCGGCGGUGAUGGCAUUAACGACAGUUUGAAGGAAAUUGAGGGUAGUUUCCAAGCACUGCAACGCUCCUGCAGCGGUCGGGAAGACUUCAAAGUAUCCAUCCACGAUCCUUGGGCUGCUUUGCAAAAGCCACAGAAGGGCUUAUCGUCCUGGAAUGAGCCUUACAAGGGCAAUUUCGGUCAACUGAUGAUGUUGAAACAGGCCAAACCUGACCUGAAGAUUCUUCCUUCAGUCGGUGGUUGGACCCUGGCUGAUCCCUUCUUCUUCUUCGAUGACAAAGUUAAGAGAGACCGCUUCGUUGGUUCAGUCAAGGACUUUUUACAGACCUGGAAAUUCUUCGAUGGCGUUGAUAUUGAUUGGGAGUUCCCUGGAGGUAAGGGAGCUAACCCUGACCUUGGUGGUCCUAAAGAUGGUGAAAUAUACGUGACACUCAUGAAGGAGCUUAGACACAUGUUGGACGAGUUAUCCGCUGAGACCGGAAAGAAAUACGAGCUGACUUCUGCCAUCAGUGCUGGGUGGGACAAGAUUCAGGUUGUCAACUACAAGGAAGCCCAGAACUACAUGGACCAUAUUUUCGUGAUGAGCUACGACUUCAAGGGAGCCUGGUCCAAUGACACUCUUGGCCACCAGACCUCGUUAUACGCUCCUGAGUGGAAACCCAAGGAGACUUACACUACUGACUUUGGUAUUAGGUAUCUUUUGGCUCAGGGAGUGCAGCCCAAGAAGCUGGUCGUCGGUGUUGCUAUGUACGGUCGUGGAUGGACUGGAGUCCAUGACUACAAGGACGAUAUCCCCUUCACAGGAGUAGCUGAUGGCCCUGUUAAAGGUACUUGGCAGGACGGAGUGGUCGACUACAGGGAGAUUGCCAAUGGAAUUGCCAGUGGUCAGUGGACCUAUCACUACGACAAAGUAGCCCAAGCUCCAUACGUCUUCAAUCCUUCCACAGGAGACCUUGUUACCUACGAUGAUUCGAGGUCAGUCAUCGAGAAAGGCAAAUAUGUGAGGAAUAACAAACUAGGCGGUCUUUUCGCUUGGGAAAUAGACGCUGACAACGGUGAUAUUCUUAACGCAAUGAACAUGGGCCUCGGAAACAGUUCGUGAUUUAAAAAUACACAUUAUAGACGGCAUAUUUCGGCCAGGAUUAUAAAAAGAAAAAAAUAUUUUUAAUCUGUAACAUUAUACGUAAUUUGUCAAAGUGACAGUUGGAAGGGCAGUGAAAAAAGUUUAUAUAGCACAGAUAAUUAAUAUUUUACACCUGGCCGGUUGUGAAAAAUGUGAUCGUAUUUUUAAGUUAGUAUUUAAAAUAUGUCUCGACAUGUGAAGAGAAAAUUAUGUGACUGAAUCAAAAUAUAUAUAAGUAAAAAAAUACGAAUUAAACUAUUAUAAAUGUUA